AUGACUCGUGCCCAGCAGACUCUCUCCGUUCUCCUACUUGUCUCCUCGCUCUACUUAGUCCUCUACCUUGGCCUCGUCCCUCUCAACGAAACAGUCCAGACUGAAGUCAUCCCUGUUGUACGUUCCUCAUCGCUCACCUCCGCGACCAACAAUCCCCCUCCUCCUCCCAUCUACAAUAUCUCCGAUUCACAAUUCCACACUUACAGCUUGCUAAUCAUCGCACCUUGUCACUCACAGCUCCCAUUCUACGCGCUAAUAUGUUUUGGCUGUUAUCUUCUCGGCCGGCUGGGUCUGGCCAUCCUGACAUUCAAUGACGUGCCCGAGGCGCAUGACGAGCUACAGAAGGAGAUCGAACAGGCCAAGGCCGAACUGCGCAGAGCGAAUGUCGACGUCGAUUAA